GUCGCCCCCUUCGCUUCGCUCUUCCCCUCGCGCUCUCUCCUCGCGAUGCCUGCCACAAAACACUACGCCGUCCCCAAGCCUGGCAUCCCGCGCCCGCCACUUCCUCUCGACCAUGUCAACCCUCAUAUCAGAACCAUCGACGCGUCCAAACCGCCCCCUGUCAAGUUCCAGGAGAUCGUUAGGGAUGGUCAGGCCACCAUCGUCGGACGGGUCAAGAUCCCAACUCCUGGGGGUCAUGCAUUCAUCCUACGCAGGCUAGACACCGGCGCGAUCUCCGUAACCACCAUGUUCCGCGCAGCUUUCCCCACAGCAAGCGACGAGGCAGAGAAGGGCGAGACCAACUGGAUCAAGCUCUCCUUCGACACCGCCGGCGCAAACAAGUCUGGCAAGGCUCGCUUUGCCGGCACCUGGGUCACCCCCGACGUUGCGCUCUACCUCGCCGAUGGCUACUCCCUUGGCGCCAUCAUCCCUUCCCUUGCUGCUGCUGUCCCCGAUCCCAACACGACCUUCCGCCGCUCUAAGGCCCAGCAGCAGCCCACCCCGACCGCGUCUCCUGCCGCCGAGCCCGGCCCUGCACCGGCUAAGCGGCGCAGGGAUGCCUCGCCAACCUCCCCUAUCCAGGCAACCGCCCAACCAGCCGCUGUCGCUCCCGCCCCAGCACCCGCCCCAGCAGCAGCACCCGUCCCCGUCGAAACCCCAGCCUCGCCUCCGCCGUCGCGUGGAGGAGGCUCUCCCGCACCAAGGCGGUCAGCCCGCCUCCGGAGUCCCCCAGCGACGGCCGCCCCGCAAACACAGCCGCUUGUGGCGCCUGGUUCCACCCCGAAGACGCCACGGUCACGGCGGGCCGUGCGCGACGAGAUGCCGACGCCUGCUGGUUCGGACGAGACGGCAGUGGAUGAGGACUCAGAGGCAGCGAAGGUCGCGGAGCCCAAUAUGGCGGAGGACAUCCAGGAGCAGAAGGAGCUGAUUGCGAAGUUGAAGGCAGAUCGGGCUGCCGCUAAGGCGAAGGCGAAGGCUGAGGCUGAGGGGGAGGCAGAGGAAGGUGCUCCGGACCCCAGUGAGGAAGAUGCGGAGGAUGCGAUUGGUGGAGAGAAGCGGCAGCGGGAGGAGGAGCCGACGGAAUACAGGUUCAAUUUCAAGGAGCCCGGACCGGAAGAGGUUGGGGAGCGUGCGGUUGCGACAAACAGCAGGCUGCGUCGGCUCGCUCAGAUGCCGCCAGAACGCAAGUCUCUAGCAUGGGGUGCGCUUGCGUUCGCUGCUGGCUUGGGUGCAGUUACGUUCCUGCCCAACCUGCAAGGCAUACUGUUUUAACGAUAGUUAAGUGCUCUGAGGACUGCUCCUGGUUUAUCUCCCGCUGGUAUCGAUGUUCUCUCUCACGAUAGCGUAGGUAUGUAAUUUUUACCUCCUGGGUUGUCUGCACGUCCGUAUGACCCGCCGCUGCCGCAUCCCAUAUCAUCAUCAUCUCUCAUCCGCCCCUCCUCCUGUUCCUCGGCUUCGACUCUCACUCUGCCUGUUUACUCCUCGCCGCUCCCGCGAUACAUUGUGUUCCUAUCAGUGACUCAGGUGUCUACUUUCACGUGUCGAUUAGGCAACCGUCCCGACCUCGUUUUACAUACAGUCCUGGAAUGCUUUCCCAUAUAUCGCUACAUUUCGUCUCCUCUUGUCUUCGCCGUCGUCCUCCCCGUCUAUCUCGAGCCGGCUUCUAUUAUCCUGUUACGAUGUGUGUUACAUAUGUAGUUGUUGUCUCCGCCAUGAAAUGUCCUUGUUAACGAC